AUGGCGGCAGCUCUGGCCAUAUGGCUGAACAAGACCGGUCGAAUCAAUGGAACCCUGGCCAUAGAGACCUGGGCCGAAGAGGCGGAUUGCGGUGACAUCACACUGGGUGGUACAGGUGGUAACUUUGCUCGAGUCUGGAUUAUCUCUUCUGCGACAGCACUUGGGCUCGUCUCGCUCAUUAUUGUUCCCAUGGUCUGGUGCAACAAGUCAAGCAGGAAGAUGAUGGGCACGGAGGACGACAGUUGCUCCACUGCAUCUAGGUUCGCACCUGUGUUUGCGCCUUUCGACCAAGGCAGCAUGAAGCCAAGAUCCACCGUCAAGGAUGAUAUCCGCCGCACAGAGCCAGACCUGGCUUCAGCGAGGCCAACUGAGAAGCCCGGCGGGCUGUUUCAGACGGAGGGCCAGGCAGAGCAGCUAAGGGUGGAAAGUGCUAUCGGUGGAAGUGGCCUUGAGAUGUAUUUCACCACCCUCCGAACCUUGGGCAUCCUCUUCGCAACCAUGGCGGCCCUCACCUUUCCCACCUCUGCCUUCUGCUUGCUGGGCACCUUUGCGCCAGACAACGGGCAGUUCUUGGCAGCUUGGGUGGCAUCUGGGGUAUUGUAUGGGAUACGCUCGUGGGGCCGAAUAGGUGUGCUUCCCUUGCUCCAGGCUCGUGCUUCCAUCGGCAACCUGGGCCUGCUCGCAGACCUCUACCAGUGCAGCUGCAGAGAUUUGGUCUGUGUCCGUGUGGGUGCAUCUGUAAUGGCUGAGUUGGCGGACUUGGAAUUGCCCUGGCCCUCUGACAGUUUCACGCUCUUGCUGCAUCUUUGCAAGGACUCGAAGGUGCUGGACCCGUUGUUGCGGAUAGUCCGGGCAGGCUGUGAUGGAGCAGAGCUGUCGGACUUGACACCCAUCUUCGCUUGGCUAGACCUCGCCUCCAUGAUCCUUCUGUUCGUCUACUUGGUGCGAUUCCGCUUCAUCGAGAUCCCUCGGAGAGCACUGACGGAUGACCUUGAGAACGUGUCGGUCCAGGACUUCUCCGUUGUCAUCGACAAGCUGCCGCCGAGGAAGCUAGGUUGCGAAUGCCUGUUCCCAGUCUUGUAUGACAAGAGCUAUUUAUUGGCCAGGAUCGACCACCAGCCCGACUACAAACGCCUGCUGAAGCUUGGGUUGCAUAGGAGAGUGAGACGUUUCUUCUUCGAGUGGAACGAGUGCAAUGCUCUCAUGAAGUGUUGGCUGUCCAGCCACUACACACCCCAGCUGCUGAGGAAGAACCACUUGGAAGAGCGGAUGAGAGUUGUGCAGGCUGGGAAGCCAGGGAUGCUCGGCUACAGUGAGAUCGGGAGAUGCUCUCAUAGCCGUAGCAACGUUAAGGGCGAUGGCAGAGGAACGGAGGCAGGAGAACCAUCCACUGCAGCAUCCGAUCCGAGGCCAGAGCCGCAUGUGGCAGAUAUCACUUUGGUGCGUGACUACGGUGGGAGGCUCGAGAGUUUGAAGGCUCGCGGCCGCAUGUUGCAGGGCAUCGACGUUGCGAAAGCUUACGGAAAAGAAAAGGCGAUCUUCAAGGCUGAGGGAAAACUGGCAAAGCUGGACAAGCGAUUGGAGGCUCAGUUGGAACCUGACAGCGAGCUUCCGGUCCUCCGUGCCUAUGUGAUCCUCAAUCGGACAGCAGACAAGCACGGCCUGAUGUACGACUACCGUCUAGCUAACUUCGCUCUGUUUCGCUGCUGCCAGUCAAGUUCGAAACGAUUUUUCGGAGCGGCGUUGCGAGUUCGGGAAGCGCCCCAGCCUUCAGAUCUCCUUUGGGAGAACCAGGAUACGCCCUGGUGGAGUCGACUUCUGAGGCAGCUUUGCAUGUUUGUCACUUUCAUCAUCAUCUUGGCGAUUUCGCUGGCGUUGAUAUAUGUGACAACUGUGUACGGCAAAAGAGAAGCCGGCGUACAGUUGAGCUACAUCGGCAACGAGUUGUGUGAUCCUGAAACGAACUACUCCGGUGCGCCAGCAGAUGACUAUAUUUGCAUUGUGAGCACUGCGGCCAACUGGACCAAAGACUUUGCGGAAUCAGAGGGCGGCAACAUUCUGAACUGCUGGUGCGAAUCUCAGGGCUAUGCGAAGUUGGUGGAGGAUACUUCCCUCGUCAGCACCUGUACGCCUUGGUUCCUAAAGACAGCGCGGGGGAUCGGCAUCAUGACACUCGCCUCCUGCGUUGUGGUACUGAUCAACUUGGUUCUGCAAUAUGUGUUGAUCGCCAUGGCAUAUUUUGAGCGACCUUUGUCCCUGACUUCGCUCAACAAGUCCAUGAUGACGAAGAUCUUUCUGGCACAGACGUUGAACACAGGUUUCGUCUUGUUCAUCGUGAACACAUACGGGCCCGACGGCAUGAAGAAACAAUGGCAGGAAGCCAUUGCACUGCUUACCGAAGCGUGGCACGCGGAUGCAGAUUCCGUGACGGUCAAUUGCACCAUCAGUGCUUGUGCUGCUGCAUACCGCUGGAAGGAGGCAACUGUGCUCUUGUCGGAGAUGGCACAGCAGACAGCCGCGCCGGAUGUGAUCAGCUACACGGCAGUGAUAAAUGCCUGUGAGAGGGCGAGGCUCUGGCAACAAGCUCUUGCUGCGCUGUCUUCGGCAAAGGCUCAGCUGGAUCCUGAUGCAUGCCUCCACAAUGCCACUAUUGCAGCAAUGCAGAGAUCGGCCCAGUGGCAAAGAGCUUUGCGGCUGCUUGAGGAGCUCUGUGACGGCGAAGCUGGCGUGCAGCCGGAUGCAAUCUCAUUCAACAGUGCCAUCAGCGCAUGCUCAAGCGCUGCUCGCUGGGAACGCAGCUUGGCCUUGCUAAUGGCCAUGCAGCGGUGGUCACUGCGCCCGGACGCUGUGGGCACCAGUGCAGCUCUCCGAGGCCUUGGACAAGCGCGCCGCUGGGCCAACGCGCUGGCUCUUCUCGAGAGCAUGCUGCCGGUGCUGCGUGCCGAUACAGUCCUUUUCAGCAGUGCAAUGAAUGCAAUCUCGGGAAGCCUGCAGUGGCAGCGCGCGCUGCUGCUUUUCGAAGAUAUGAAUGCGUUGCAAGUUCCUCCCAACGCGAUCACCUGCUCGACUGCCUUGAGCGCCUGCGACCGUGGCAGUCUCUGGUGCGAGGCUUUGCAACUAUUCGAUCAGAUUUUGCAAAGAGGAGCCAGGCAUGCGGACAGCAUCACCUACUGCAGCUCUGUCAGUGCUUGCGGCAAAGCUUCCCGGUGGUCCCAUGCACUGGCGCUGUUUGCGCAGAGUGUGGCACAAACGGUUACGCCGAACAGCUUCACGUUUAAUGCGGCCAUCAGUGCCUGUGAUCGGGGAAGUUGCUGGCCAGCUGCCGUGCAGUUGCUGGAGGACAUGAAGAAGAGCGGCAUGCAGCCAGACUUGAUCAGCUUCAAUGCGACAAUGGCAGCUUGCCAGACCGGUCAGCAGUGGCACAGGACCAUGGCACUCUUCCGUGAACUCGACAGCCAUGCCCUUCGUCCAGAUGCGGCUACUUUCAAUGCUGUGCUGGAAGCUGCUGGCGAUGCAGAGGGCGAGGCACUCUUCUUGUCCGCGAUGCAAGUCGCCUAUCCCCGGCUUCUGGCCAAGGGCCGGGAAUACUUGGACUUGCACGACCUCUCAGCCGGUGCCGCGAAGUUUGCUGUGCGAUGGUGGCUUGGCCAUGUGGGGUACAAUUCUGGCCGGCACCCUCCAGGUCUGGAGAUCAUCACCGGGCGAGGUUCCUCUCGAAAGCCAUGGUCCACCAGUGAGUUGAAAGGCUCCAUGGAGGCAUUCCUGGACCAUUUGAAUGUGCCCUGGACACGCUUGCCAAACCCAGGGCGGAUUCGAUUGCGAGACGUGCUGAAGGCCAUCCCGCUGAUCGGCACCUGGUUGUUCGCGGGACCGUUUGCGGACUUGACACGCGCUUGGUACAUCGUUGUGGGAGCGACCAUCAUGGUCAACAUGCUCCUGAACAUGGUAGUGCCACCUGCAGUUACAAUAGCGAACAUGUUUGUCACCUGGUUGAUGCGACGAUGUUGCAGAGGCAGAGUGAAGCACCAUUCGGAGCUCAUCGCGUAUUACACCAAUCCGGAGUUUGACAUCAAGCUAAAGUACGCCCAGAUGCUCACCACCGUGUUUGUUGCACUGACAUACUCGGCCGGGAUGCCUCUUCUUUAUCUCUUCGCCUUUGGCUACAUGUGCCUCAUGUACUGGGCGGACAAGGUCGCGCUUCUCUGGUGCUCCAAGCGGCCCCCCUCCUACGAUGCCCUGCUGCCGAAGGAGUCUUCCGAAAAAUUGUUGUAUGCAAUCGCUCUACACUGUGUUUUCGCCAUCCUCAUGUAUGGCCAACCCUGCGUCUUCCCAUCCAAUCCGGUUGGUGGUGACAUAGGAAAGUUCAUAGCGGAGGGCGAGUCAGCGGCCAGCGAGCACCUGCAGGGCUGGUGGCCGAGACUGACCAAGGAAAGUACCUGGAUGUUCGUGGCAUGGCUUAGCUUCAUGCUGGUACUAUGGGUGAUGUGGUGGCUGGUAUGGGCCUUUCAGGGGACGUUCGGCACUUUCGGCACGCUUCUUUGGCAGCUUUGCUGCGCCUCUAAAAAAGUGGAGGACGAGGACACUAUCGCAGCCAUCCAGCGCGGCGAGUCUGUCGACAGCAUUCGUCAAAAGACGGGCAAGACGGUGGACAUCGCCGCGACGAUGACGUGGCCAGAAGCUGCAGAGAUCAUCGACCGCUGUUCUCCCCCAUCUACGUACCACAUGGAGGAUCAUCCCGACAUGCUGGAAAUUGCACACCUCAUGAAAGCCGAGUACACGCGAGGAAGUGAAGUAAAUCCGGAAGGUGGUGAGCUUCCAGUACCGCAGCAUCCUGGCGACAGCUUCAGUGCUGCCAUGACGUGGCUUGGAAGAGUCCGGCAAGCUCGUGUUGUUCGUUCUUGCGCUGAUCGGGCUUUGUUUCGUAGCGCACAGAGACACAGGGCAGAGCCCAAGCUAGAACUUGUCUUUAUAUAUUAUAUUGUGUUAUAG